GGGGUGAAGGGUCGCGUUCUUUGACCCGCAGGUUUCCGCCAAGAUGGCUGCCCUGAUGAAGUUUUCGCGUGCUCUCGCCAAAAUUUCGACCUCUCCCGGCCCUCUCCUGAGAGCGGGAUGUCCUCGCUACUGCAGCAGCGAGGUCAUGUCGCCCAAGGUGCACGACAAGAUCGAGGAGAAACGGCGAGCCGCGCUGUUGGGAGGGGGGCAACACCGGAUAGACGCGCAGCACAAGAAGGGCAAACUGACGGCCAGGGAGAGGGUCGACUUGCUGGUGGAUCCGGGGACGUUUGUUGAGUAUGACAUGUUUGCGGAGCAUCGCUGCUCGGACUUUGGCAUGGAGAGGGAAGAGAACAAGUUCCCGGGAGACGGCGUGGUCACAGGCCACGGGCGUAUCCACGGGCGACCCGUCUACCUCUUCAGUCAGGACUUUACGGUGUUCGGCGGCAGCCUUUCCAGCGCUCAUGCUCGCAAGAUUUGCAAGAUAAUGGACCAGGCCAUGCUGACUGGAGUGCCUGUGAUUGGUCUGAAUGAUUCGGGCGGGGCCCGUAUCCAGGAGGGGGUGGAGUCGUUGGCUGGGUAUGCUGACAUCUUCCAGCGCAAUGUGGAGGCCUCUGGCGUGGUGCCACAGAUUUCCCUCAUCAUGGGCCCGUGUGCGGGAGGGGCGGUCUACUCGCCGGCGCUGACGGACUUCACCUUCAUGGUCAAGGACACGUCGUACCUCUUCAUCACAGGGCCUGAUGUGGUCAAGUCAGUGACUCGUGAGGAAGUUACUCAGGAGGAGCUGGGAGGAGCAAAGACACACACUACGUUGUCGGGCGUCGCCCACAAAGCGUUUGAAAAUGACAUCGAUGCUCUGCUGCGACUGCGAGACUUCUACAACUUUCUGCCUCUUAGUAACAGGGACCCUGCACCCAUCCGCCCCACAGAGGACCCAGCUGACCGCCUGUGCCCGGUUCUGGACCACCUGGUGCCGCUGGACUCCCACAAACCGUACAACAUGCUGGACGUCAUCCAGGCUGUCAUCGAUGAGGAAGACUUCUUCGAGAUCAUGCCGAAUUACGCCAAGAACAUCAUCGUGGGCUUCGCGCGGAUGAACGGCCGUACGGUCGGAAUCGUCGGCAACCAGCCCAAGGUGGCUUCAGGUUGCCUGGAUAUCAACGCGUCCGUGAAAGGCGCGAGGUUCGUACGCUUCUGCGACGCCUUCAACAUCCCCCUCAUCACGUUUGUCGAUGUUCCCGGGUUUCUCCCCGGAACGUCGCAGGAGUACAACGGAAUCAUCCGCCACGGCGCCAAGCUGCUCUACGCCUACUCGGAAGCCACCGUGCCCAAAAUCACAGUCAUCACUAGAAAGGCCUAUGGAGGUGCGUAUGAUGUGAUGGCCUCCAAACAUGUGAAGGCUGACAUCAACUAUGCCUGGCCGACAGCGGAGGUCGCCGUCAUGGGGGCAAAGGGCGCCGUGUCAAUCAUCUUCAGGGGGGACAAGGACCAGGCCAAGAAAGAGGCAGAGUACGUGGAUACGUUUGCGAACCCUUUCCCGGCCGCGAUUCGUGGUUUCGUGGACGAUAUUCUGGAGCCAAGAAUGACCCGACAGCGAAUCUGCAGAGACCUCGAUCUUCUGUCCACCAAGAAGGAGAGCAGACCAUGGAAGAAGCAUGCAAACCUUCCGCUUUGAUGCCCGUUUUAUCAGAUAUUACUGUACAACUUAAACUGUGUGUCGAUGAAGGUUAGACAUCCAGGUAAUAAGAAACUCCAAAAAGCAGUUCUUCAAGCAACUGCAUACUGAAUAUCUUUCGUCAGUGGAUACUAUCUGUAUUAAAGGUCUGACCAUUUCCAAAUCAUAUCCAGUUGCUUGAGUAACUGCUUUUUGGCAUAUCUUAAAAUGUUAUUGUACAUGAAUAUGGCAUGGACAGGGAGGUAGGUGUGUGUGUGGGGGGGGGGGGGUGCAUUUAUGAAGUAUGUAUUACUAAGAAUUGUAGCUGACUAACAUGGGGAAAUUUGAUGGAACAGUUUUGCAAUGAAACUAAAGUGAAAGUUUGUUGUGAAGUGUUUUUAAUAUACACAGGUUGACUAAAGAUCACAGGAGAGGGAAACAUUAGUACAAGGGAAAUGUACAUGUAUUGUUGUAUAAACACGUGUACAGGGGAAAAAGUAAUAAAAGGAAUAUUACUUGGAUAAUCUCA